AUGGAAACAGUUUCUCAACAUAUCACACAACUGAAUCACAAAAAUCAAGAACUUUCUGGCUUAGAAAAUAGAAUAAACUAAUUGAAACAGUAGUUGAAUCUGCAACAAGCCAAUAACAAUAUAUUGAAGACUAAAGUAGAUAAGAUAGUCCACUCAAAAAAACAAAAGUUUUAUGACGAAAUGAAGGUAACCUCAUUGCUAAAAGGAAUUAGUUGAAAUAAAUACUUCAAAGUAAUACUUAAAAUAAUGACGAAUUAUAAUAUAUGGUUCAAAGAAACAAAGCCCUAUUGGAUGAAGAACAAAGGCAAUCCAAGUAGGAUAUGUUCGAUGAAAAGUAUCUUCAAACCCAAAAGAUGAAAUAGAAAUUGGAUCUGGAAAUGCUAAUAAAUUAGAAGAAAAGGGAUCAAUAACUCUAUGAGAAACAACAACAAUACGCAAAAGUACUCGAUAAAUAUAUACAAUAGAUCUCAGAAUGGGAAUUCAAUUUAAAAUUCAACUUAAAAUAAAGAGAAAUAGACAAAAUUGAUAAAAUUAGAUUAGAAGAAAAAGAAUUCAAAGAACAACUGGCUAAAAGAAUGUAAUAAUAAUAAAAGAUUUGUGAUUAAUUGUCGAAUGAAGAAUAAUAAUUGAUGAAGUACUUAUGUGUAUUAAAAAUCUAGUAAAUUAAAAAAUUCCUAAUAGUUUGAGCACUCCUUGAAACAUGAUCUCAAAACUGCUCUGAAUCUGAGUAUCAAGGAUUAUACAAAUAAUACUUCUGUGUCAAUUCCUUCUUUAUUCAAAUCAUAUAGUUCUUCUAAAAUACCAUUAAAUAGUCCUUAUGCCUAGUUGCCAACAAUGCUCAAGAUGAAAAAGAGUGUAUAACUUAAUAAAACCAAUAACAACAACGAAUCUCUUAUGAAAGAGUACAAAUUUUCUCUCCCUUCACUUUAUAAACCAUCUGUUAUUGAGCAAUAACAAUAAGUUGAAAGGCUAUUUUAAUCCAAAAGUGUAAAGAAUAGUAAAUCAGAUUUGUAUUAGAUCUUAAAUUAUGGUGACUCUUAAGGUAAAAUAGAUAAGAAACCAAAGUUUCGAACUAAUUAGAGUGAACUAAUUUAAAAUUAAGUAAGUAAAUAGUUAAUAAAGUAAAAUACAUAGAUAACAGAAGAAUAAGAAUAGAAUAAAGAAUAAUCAAAUCAAGAAAAUAAAAAUAAAGAAGAAAUAGAUGCAUCAAAUCAAAAUAAAUAAGAAGAAUAAGAGGAAUAUUAAGAAUGA